CCCCGGGAUGCGGCCGUGAGGCGCUGUCGGGCGGGGAGCAGCUCGCGGAGCGCGAGGGCGGCGCGGCCGGAGCCCGGGGCGCAGGGGCGCAGGCUCUCCGCGCCCGUCCCUCGCCGACUUCCCGGGCCAGCCGGGCUCCGGGGUCGCGGAGAUGUCGUCGCCGUCGCCGCCCGCGCCAGUUGCCUGCGCCGCCGCCAUCUCGGCCUCGGAGAAAGUGGACGGCUUCACCCGGAAAUCGGUGCGCAAGGCGCAGAGGCAGAAGCGCUCGCAGGGCUCGUCGCAGUUCCGCAGCCAAGGCAGCCAGGCGGAGCUGCACCCCCUGCCCCAGCUCAAAGAUGCUACUUCAAAUGAACAACAAGAGCUUUUCUGCCAGAAGCUACAGCAGUGCUGUGUACUUUUUGAUUUCAUGGACUCUGUUUCAGAUUUGAAGAGCAAAGAAAUUAAAAGAGCAACGCUAAAUGAACUGGUUGAGUAUGUUUCAACUAAUCGUGGUGUAAUUGUUGAAUCAGCGUAUUCUGAUAUAGUAAAAAUGAUCAGUGCUAACAUCUUCCGUACACUUCCUCCAAGUGAUAAUCCAGAUUUUGAUCCAGAAGAGGACGAGCCCACACUAGAGGCCUCUUGGCCUCACAUACAGCUGGUGUAUGAAUUCUUCUUGAGAUUCUUGGAGAGCCCUGAUUUCCAGCCCAGCAUUGCAAAGCGAUACAUUGAUCAGAAGUUUGUACAACAGCUCCUGGAGCUUUUUGAUAGUGAAGAUCCGAGAGAACGAGACUUCCUGAAGACUGUCUUGCAUCGGAUUUAUGGGAAGUUCCUGGGGCUGAGAGCAUUCAUCAGGAAGCAAAUUAACAACAUCUUCCUUAGGUUUAUAUAUGAAACAGAACAUUUCAAUGGUGUGGCUGAACUCCUUGAAAUAUUAGGAAGUAUCAUCAAUGGCUUUGCAUUGCCGCUGAAAGCAGAACAUAAGCAAUUUCUAAUGAAGGUUCUUAUUCCUAUGCAUACUGCAAAAGGACUAGCUUUAUUUCAUGCUCAGCUGGCAUACUGUGUUGUGCAGUUCCUGGAGAAAGACACAACACUGACAGAGCCUGUGAUCAGAGGACUGCUGAAAUUUUGGCCAAAAACGUGCAGUCAGAAAGAGGUGAUGUUUUUAGGAGAAAUUGAAGAAAUCUUAGAUGUCAUUGAACCAACACAAUUCAAAAAAAUUGAAGAGCCACUUUUUAAGCAAAUAUCCAAGUGUGUCUCCAGUUCUCAUUUUCAGGUUGCAGAAAGAGCACUGUACUUCUGGAAUAAUGAAUAUAUUCUUAGUUUGAUUGAAGAGAAUAUUGAUAAAAUUCUGCCAAUUAUGUUUGCCAGUCUGUAUAAAAUUUCCAAAGAACACUGGAAUCAGACCAUCGUAGCACUUGUGUACAACGUGCUGAAAACCCUGAUGGAGAUGAACGGCAAGCUUUUUGAUGAUCUCACUAGUUCCUACAAAGCUGAGAGACAGAGAGAGAAAAAGAAAGAAUUGGAACGUGAAGAAUUAUGGAAAAAAUUAGAAGAGCUGAAGCUGAAGAAGGCUCUGGAAAAACAGAACAGUGCUUACACCAUGCACGGUAUUCUAGGCUGUAACACAGGUGCCAGAUAAAGAGCAGCUCCCUCCGUACACAAAAUCUUCAAAGCAAACCUCAUCAGUAUAAUAUGAUUAGGAGGCCAGUUUUUUCUGGCAAGCUAAGUGAAAGAAAUAUGGACUAAACAUAGCCCUGUGCUGUAUCAUGGCCACAGUAUAUUGUAACCUUUGUCUUAUCAUGGACUGUGUCACUUUAUUACCCGUGUCCUGAGUGAGGUGACUGGGAGUGGUGAGAAUCUUGACUUGAACUCUCGAUUGUGCUGCACACAUCAGGUCAUUCUCUGUGCUCUCACAUCUCUGCAGACCUUGGUUACGACCAGGAAAGAACUUUGUAAGUUCUUUGAGGUGUUGUCCUUCCCUCGCCUCUCCCAGAGAGACGUGGGAUAAAAGCCCAGCCUCUUUAAAGAUACUGCCAUACUCUGGGUUUUGCAACACUUUACGUCUCCAGGCUUCUGAAGCACAAAGUAUUAAAGCUGGGGAAGUAAACCAAAAUUCUGACUCUUCCCAAAUACCCCCUUCAGCAGCAGCACCCCAGAGUGGUGGACCCUAGGCUCACCCCUCCUUCCUUCCUCUCUCCAAGGCUGGAGGCUCUGAGUUGCACAGUGUGACACAGACCGCUAGCUGUCACUGCCUGGCUGUAGGUGAUGCAUUGACUGUGUCGAGGCCCUGUGUGUUCUUACCUGGUCAGGUGUUUCUCCCAUGUUAUCAGUACCAUUCCAGCCUCUUGCCUCGCCACUGUAUGGAAACUUUUAUAGCGGAAGCUCCUCACUGGGGAUUGAGCACCAUUUAAUAAAGUCUAUGUUUGUAUUUUGCCUUA